GUAUUAAACCAUCUCACCCUUCCUCACUUGCGUAGCUGCACUAUUCCAUUCCCAUCCCCACUUCCGUCCGUACUCCAACCUUCAAUGCCACCCCAGCUCUCAUCCCCUCCCUGACGCGCAGCUCAACACGUCGCGCUCCUCCGAUGCCACCCCACGUCCACCCCAUCCUCCUCCUCCUGGCCAUCUUGGCCGCCUCGCUUCCCGCCUCUGCCACCACCUCAUCUUGCCCUGGCCGCGAUGACGCGGCCACCAUCGCCGCCGCGUUCCGGCACGUGCGCAACUUCCGGCCGCCCAGCAGCGUGAACUCAUGCCAGCCCGUCCGGGAGCUGCGCCUGCCGUCGCGGAACCUCACGGGCCCCGUGUCGUGGGCGGCGCUGGCCAACCUGUCCGCGCUCGCCGCGCUCGACCUCUCCGGGAACGCGCUCCAGGGCGCCAUCCCGGGCCGGUUCUGGCGCGCGCCGUCGCUCCGCUCCGUCAACGUCUCCCGCAACCAGCUCGGCGGCGCGCUCAGGGUGGAGCGCAACCCGCGGCUCCUGUCGCUCAACGCGUCCCGCAACCGCUUCACCGGCGUCGACGGCGUGGAGGGGCUCUCGGGGCUCGUCGUGCUCGACGUGUCGGCGAACAGGAUCCGGGCCGUGCCGCCGGGGUUGCGGCGGCUGGCGCGGGUGGAGCGCCUCGACCUGUCCGGGAACGCGAUGCAGGGGAGGUUCCCCGGUGACUUGCCGCCGCUCGGCGGGGUGCGGUCAUUGAACGUCUCGUACAACAGGUUCUCCGGCGUGGUCGACUCCGGCACCGUCAAGAAGUUCGGCCACUCGGCGUUCGUGCACGCCGGCAAUGCGUCGCUGGUGUUCUCGGAGCACUCGACGGCAACGGCGCCGCCGCGGCGUCCAUCGCCGUCGCCUCCUCACGGGAAAAGUAAAGAGGACGGUUCCGGCAGGACGGCAACGACGGAAAGGAAGACGACGAGGAGGCGGCGGCAUCUGAGCGUCGUGGCGGUAGCGGUGAUUAGCGGCGCGGCGUCCCUGGCCAUGCUGCUCUGCCUGGUCGGGUGCGUGGCGUGCGGCGUGCUGAGGAGCAGGAGGAACGGAGGCAAGGACGACGAGGAGAGGAAGAAGCCGCAGUGGGGCGAGAAGGGCGACGAGGGAGAGGAGGAGGACGUGGUGGUCGCGGCGACCAAGGGCGCGUCGGCGGCGCCGGUGGUGCUGUUCGAGCGGCCGCUGAUGCAGCUCACGCUGGCCGACCUGGCCGCGGCCACGUCCGGGUUCGGCCGCGAGUCGCAGCUCGCGGAGCGCGGCGGCCGCAGCGGCGCGGCGUACCGCGCUGUGCUCCCCGGCGACCUGCACGUCGUCGUGCGCGUCGUGGAGGGCGCCAUGGCCGGGCUCGGCGAGGACGACGAUGACCCGGCGGCCGCGGCCACCGCGUUCCGGGAGCUCGCGCGGCUCCGGCACCCCAACAUUCUUCCACUCAUUGGCUACUGCAUUGCAGGCAAGGAGAAGCUGCUACUGUACGAGUACAUGGAGAAGGGCGACCUGCACCGGUGGCUGCACGAGCUGCCAGCGGGGCGGCCGGACAUGGACGACACGGGCAGCGGCGACAUCUGGGAGGCGGCGGAGGACAGGCGCUCCAUCUCCGACUGGCCGACCCGGCACCGCAUCGCGCUCGGCGUCGCCCGGGGCCUGGCGUUCCUGCACCAGGGCUGGGCCGGGUCGGGGCCGGUGGCGCACGGCCACCUGGUCCCCACCAACGUCCUGCUCGGCGACGACCUGGAGCCCCGGAUCUCGGACUUCGGGCACCCUCCGCCUGGCGGCGGCGGCGAGGCAGCAACGGCCGAGGGCGACGUGCACGCGUUCGGCGCGCUGGUGCUGGAGCUGGUGACGGGGCAGGCCGGGUGGGACGAGGCGUCGGUGAGCUGGGCGCGGGGGAUCGUCCGCGACGGCAAGGCGCUGGACAUCGUGGAUCCCAGGGUCCGCGACGAGGCCACCGCCGGGCCGGAGGCGGAGAGGGAGAUGGUGGAGCUCAUGCGGGUGGGGUACCUCUGCACGGCGCCGUCGCCGGACAAGCGGCCGACGAUGCAGCAGGUGGUCGGGGUGCUCAAGGACAUCCGCGCCGCGCCCGCCACGCCGACCGGCGCCCAGAGCCAGUCGGCGGCGUGAUCGAGGCGGCGCGGACGCCGACGCUGACGCCGGGAGCCAUCACAUCCAUGGAUCGCGCGCCAGACCUCGUAGUUUGUACGAUGUGCAUGUAACAGUUUUCCUCGCCGGUAAAAGGGCAGUUGGUUUGCAAAGCUUGCAACGAACAGCAACAGCCGUGGUAUUAAAUUGCUAGACGCCAUGCGAUGGGUCACACACUGUCGCGCAAGCUGCGCAAGCGCUCAGGCUCAGUGCCUGAGUGGCUGAGUGGACAGUGGAGUGGAUGACUGCCGCGAACCGCCUGGGCAGAGAGUGCACAGUAAUGAGUAGCGCAGGCUUUGUGCCCACCAAGAUGUGCUGGACAAAGCACACAGAACCAACUGAUUUGGGACUUUGCUAUGAGCAGAGAAUCCAAGGCUUCAAAUUUGUUUUGUUCCACUGGAGACCAGUUCGGUGAAUUUUAAUUGCAUUGCAUA